UGUACAAAGGCAGAGUUCAGAUCUGAAGAUAUUAACAGUCCGAAUGCAAGAAUUUUGUCUGGUGAUCCUUAACUUCUAAAGGGAAAGAACAAUGGAUGUCAAAUGUGCUACUUCUGUUAUAUGGAUAUGUAUUUUACAGCUUCCUCUGCAUCUUUCAUUUGCACGUAAGAACGAUCUUCUUCAUCAUCCGGCAAACUUCACAUUACAGUUUCUACGCAGAAGCCUGCGGUUAUCCUGGGAUUGCAAUGCUGUAAAGGAAUUUUCCAAUAUCUCUGUAUUGACAUUCGGAAAGGCUCCCCAUGAGCAGCAUUUUGUGUUUUCGAAUAAGACAGAGUGUUCAGCCGGAAAGGUGGAGCUGGAUCUCCAAACACGCAAUACAAGUAAAGUAGUCAUACAAAUCAAUGGAAAGACGGCACGAGAGAUUGUGGUUAUACCUGAAGGAAUGAGUGAAUCAGCAGCAAACAAUAUUUCCUGUGAGUUAUAUGACAUUACUUCAAUGAGAUGCUAUUGGGAUUUUGCCACAAAUGCACCAGAUGACACAAAUUACACACUUCUGUUAAUACAAUAUGACUCACAGUACCAAUAUGAGUUACAGUGCCAACAUUAUGAACAUGAUAGACAAAGAAGAGCAGGAAAGUGUGAAUUUCAUGAUUUGCGGAAGAAUGUGGAUGAUAAGGCCUCUGUUAUAUUGGUGGGGAACAGUAAAGAGAAUAUACAGAUAUAUGCAAAAGGCUUUUACCCUUCCCAUAAAGAGAUCUUCAAACCCCCAACAAAUAUUAGUUUGUUGUUUUCAGAGAAUGAGGUUACAAUCUAUUGGUCACAGCCUAAGACGAUUCAUAUAGCUGAAGAAUGCUUUGAAUACAGAGUGCAAGAUGUGCAUGGAAAAAUGAAGCCUUUUGAUCUUCCUGAUGGGAGUAGUAAAUACACAAAGGAUAUAUCUAGCUUUGAAGAAGAAUGUCCCUUACGUAUGAGAGCCAGAGGAACAGAGGCAUGUGGAAUAGAUACUAACUGGGGUGAAUGGAGCGAGGAACUAAAAUGCAGAAAUCAUGGACCAUCCUUCCCAAAGGACAAUAUAAUAAUCUACACAGCUAUUGCAACAGCUAUCAUAUUAGCUUGUCUUGUUCUUCUUUUAAUGUGUAUGAGGUGUUUUAAAAUUAUAUUUCCACCAAUUCCACACCCAAAGAAAUACUCUGUAACCUCGAAACCUACCUAUCAAGUAAAUGAAUGGGACAAUGAAAGUCUUAAGUCUAUACAGAUAAUUCCAGUACUGGAAAGUGAGGAACCAGAUGGAACAUCUAUGGACACACAGCACAAUCCACACAGAGCAGAUGAUGGAAUGAAGAACAUCUACUGUAACUGAGCCUAUAAUGCCUGCCUGCCUGCCAUAAGGCUUGGGACUAGAAGCUGGAUGAGCAACUAGACACAAGUAAAACACACAAAUAAAUCACACAGAGACAAGAGCAGUGGCCGCAGCUUGUUAAUUAACUAUAUAAAUUUGACACAAACAUUUGUAAACUGUAACACACAUAUAUAUAUAUAUAUAUAGCAAGUGAAGAUGUC